GCGGGGGGCGCCGGGAAGGCGGCGGCGCGCGCGGCGUCUCGGGAGCGCGGCAGGCGCGCGGCCGCGUGGGGCUGGGAGGGGGCUCGUCACGACACGUGGUCGGUGUCGGCGACAGCGGCGACAGCGGCGGCGAUGGCGCAGCUCACGGCGCGGUUCCGCACCGAAAACCGCAGGUUCGCCGUGGAGGAUGUGCCCUUCUCGGUGCCCGCGGCCUCCGAGACCACCGACCUCAGCCAGCUCAUCAACAAGCUGCUGGCGGCAGCGCACGAGGAUCACAAAUAUGUGGAAUUUGAUUUCCUUAUCAAUGGCCAGUUCUUGCGAGUGCCACUGGUCACACACAUGGAAAUGGAAAAUAUCUCCACGGAAGAAGUGGUGGAAAUAGAGUAUGUGGAGAAAUAUAUGGCCCCUCAGCCAGAAGAAUGCAUCUUCCACGAUGACUGGAUCAGUUCUGUUCAAGGCACUGAAGAAUGGAUAUUAACUGGCUGCUACGAUCAGACUGCUCGAGUCUGGUCUUUGGAAGGAAAAUCCAUCAUGACAAUAGCUGGGCAUACAGAAGUAGUGAAGGAUGUGGCCUGGGUGAAACAAGACAGUUUAUCGUGCCUGUUACUCAGUGCUUCUAUGGACCAAACUGUCCUGCUGUGGGAGUGGAACGUGGAGAAAAACAAAGUGAAAGCCCUUCACUGCUGCAGGGGACAUGCUGGGAGUGUAGACUCCAUAGCUGUGGACUGUACGAAAACCAAAUUCUGCAGUGGAUCCUGGGAUAAGAUGUUAAAGAUCUGGUCUGCAGUACCUACAGAUGAAGAGGAUGAAAUGGAAGAAGCAGCAAACAGACCACGGAAGAAGCAGAAAACUGAACAGUUGGGACUAACGAGGACUCCCCUGGCAACCCUCUCUGGCCACACAGAAGCUGUCUCCUCUGUGCUGUGGUCAGAUGCUGAAGAAAUUUGCAGUGCAUCAUGGGACCACACCAUUAAAAUCUGGGAUGCUGAGACUGGAGAUCUCAAAUCUACUUUGACAGGAAACAAAGUGUUUAAUUCUCUCUCCUUCUCACCACUGUGUCGACGUCUGGCAUCAGGCAGCACUGACAGACAUAUUAGGCUAUGGGAUCCUCGCAGCAAAGAUGGCUCCUUGGUUCUGCUGUCUCUGACUUCUCACACAGGCUGGGUGACAUGUGUGAAGUGGUCACCUACCCAUGAGCAUCAGCUGAUCUCUGGAUCUCUGGACAACAUUGUGAAGCUUUGGGACACAAGGAGUUGCAAAGCUCCUCUGUAUGACUUGGCUGCUCAUGAAGACAAAGUUUUGUGUGUGGACUGGACAGAAGCAGGGUUGUUACUGAGUGGAGGUGCAGACAACAAACUGUAUUGCUACAGAUACCCAGCUACAGCCACUGAUGUUGGGGCAUGAAGGUCAACAGCCAGAAGACUUUUUUUUAAAAAAAAGGAAUUUUGCAGCAGUUGCUCUCUGUUAACAUCCCUACACAAUCAACAUCUGAAGAAAUGACGAGUUUGUUGCUCAGAGAGCUGUUCCUGGUUUUAUAUUGGUAACCUAUAUCCAUAUUUGUCACAGAAAAAUAGCAAAAAACAAAUAGGAUUCAUGUGAAGCAAAGCAAAGGGAACUUCCUCUCUUUCUGAUGGCUUUGAAUUAACAUCUUUUAAAUGACUAUUUGUAUAGCCCUUUUAAUAAGAAGUAAAUUGUUGCCGAUACAGAAAAACUACUCACUGACUAAAUUAUUUUUUGAGUUUACCUGUUUUCCCCUGAAAAAAAAAAAAAAGAUCUUAUCAACAGUUCAUUGGUUUAGUGCAUCAUUUCAGAAGAAAAUCAGAUUUCAGCUGUUGGCAGUUCUUACAAAUAAGUCCUUAAUUGAUAAACGCAGGCUUUUUUUCUAGGAUGAAGAUUUGGUAUGUUUGCAGUGCAAGGGGCUUGAUAUAAAGGAACUUGACAGAUUUACUGGCAGAUGAAAUAUUCCAAUUUGUUGGAGCUCAUAAAUUAGGGCUGUAGAUGUCUCUGUAAAUGUGCCUGCCUUGUGCCACAGUACAUGUUGUGUUGCAGUACAACUAACGCAGUAUAUCUUGCUUCUAGAAAGCAACAGAUGUAUUGAAACAAGUGGAGAAUCACACAGAGAAGGCAGAAGACUAAGUGAUUUGUUCCUAGAAAGAGUGGAUACAAGAAGCUGCAAUAGCUUUUAGGUUGAUAGAGAAUAAGUACUAUCCAAACAUGCUCAGUUUCUCUGCUGGUGGUUUUGCUUUUGGUUCAGCAUUAAAAUGAAAAAGCUAUUCCUGCAGCUUGUUAGAUGCCAUGUGUGUGAUGUUAAACCAACACAUAGUUCAGCAGUGUGGAAACCAAACUGGAAUAGCCUCACUAAUGUCUUGCCUUUCAAUAAAUGUAAGACCUGUACAGAACAACUAAGUCAAAUGUUUUAAUUGCAAGAUAAUUUUCUUUGAAGAGUGACAGCUCUGACCUUCAGGUUUAUAAGGUAGACAAGUUCUGAGUAAGGAGUUUUAAGAAAUACCAGAACAGCAAAACUGUAGUGAAAAUGGCAAGGGUACAGGAGAAGAUCUCUGAUCCCUUUGGUCUGCAAGUGAAGUACUGCAAUUAACAGAAUAUUAACAAAUGCUGCUUACAAGGAAUCAGUGUCUUGUCCUUAUUAUCCAUGUGCAUGUUCUUAGUACGUGUUUGUCCAUUCUAAAGCAAUAUAUACCAUUCAUACAUUAAUAUAGCAGCUAAUUUUUUUCUUCUUUAAACUUGAUUCGUUUAAAACAUUGCCUUCUAUUUACCCCACAGACUGGAACUUGCAAAUAAGGUCUGAAUAGCUAUUUUGUUUUGUAAACUUACCAAAAAUACGAAGCAUCUUUUGAGCAGGAACAUGCAGCACUCCCUUGUCCUCACUAUUAGAGAUGUGUAUAAUUUCACACUACACUUGUGGAUAUGCCAGCCUAUCAUAGCAAUCAUUGGUCUACUGUUCCUAAAAGUUUAAAAAUAUCUCUAAUAAUUUUUUAGUAUUAAAACAAAAAAAGAGUAAUAUCCUCCCCUCAGUAAUCCUUAAUACAGUACACCUGACUUUUGGAGGUCUUAACCAAGUAAAGUUUGCAGAUGUUUUUAGUGGAAAGCAAGGCAGCAAAGACAGUUAGGAAACGAGUUUGUUUCAUUUCUCUUCAAGACUCCCAGUGACAAUUCCAUGUAAAGUCUUGAGCUAUUUUGUGUAUUAUGUUUAUUACACUCUUUUCAGUUUUUCUUUCAGAUAAAUUACACCUGAGCAUGACUUCUGGAAUUGCUGUAGUAUUUUGCAGAGAGCUGUGGAGCACCUCCAGCCAAUUAAGUAGCUGAUAAAAAUAAAUGGGUUCCUCUUA